GUGCCUGGCGUGCCUGGCGUGCCUACCAAAAAAUUUCGCUAGCGCUUGCGUAGUCCAAAAUGCGCCAGGCAUCCUCAGGCAAGUGCCCCGGAUUAUGUCCUUCCUGCCCCUGUACUAUUCAAACGGUCCACCGGGACGACACCCUGUGUGUCCAUCGCGUCUGUCCUCACUUCCAAAGAAAACACAUCUCAUCUUUGAAUCCAUCCUCCAACAAAUCUAUCGACCACGUUUUCCGGCCCCUUAGACCAUCCGCAGCCGCUGCAAUCCUCCGCCACAGACAGGCGCCACGCAUCCAAUUGGGAUAAGUGUGCAUUUCCGCCCCUGCAGGUCCACGACCCAGCAAUGCAACGACGCCAGUGCUGUCCCUGUCAGGUUCAAGCAGCAUGGCAGCGGCAUGUUGAAAACCUACGUCGGAAUGGAUAUUUGGAGCUGACCAAGCACGCCCAACGAACACCACGGCAUUGGUUCUCCAAAUCCUUCAGAGAACAACCACAACCGAAUGCGCGAAUCAAGCUUCAAAUCCGCUUUGGAGAUCGGUGGGGAUCAUUGGGAUACACCAGGGGAUAUGAGCCGCCAAUCGUCAUGGACUCAAUCGUUCGAUCAAGAGGUCGCCGACGAGGCAAAAAGAAUACCACACCACCACAGCAUCCAGACUGGCGAUGUUCGAGUUUCCGAGAUGCCUUCAACGCUGCGCCAAGCGGCGAUGCUGCCUUGAGACAAGCACAGGUAAACCUUUCUGGCUUUUUUUUUUGUCUCUUGCUUUUCUCUUGUCGUCACGUCAGUUGGCUCCUGCUUCUGUUCCGCACGGAGGGGGCAUCACUUGUACCCUGCAAGGGCCUUGUGCACGCUCAAUCCGCUCCAGAAUUCCCUCGACCCGCCAAUUCCAGUGACGCUGUGGCCCCUAUGCCUGGCUGGAGUCAUCUAGUGACUCCACCUUCUCACUCAUGAAAUUUCAAGUGGGUUCGUAACUCAUAGUUAUGGGGCACGGCCGGCGAGACACUUCUCUCCCGGAACACCUCCGGGUCCGGCAUUGCCUGUGGUACACCUUGGACUCUACUUGGAUUCUGAGCCCCCCUACGGUACCCCUGUUCUGCCUGGCGGCACGUAUUGCAAGGCUCCGCAGCAUGCCAUGCCACUCACUUGUCACUGUGGACAUGGAUACACACUACUUGGAGAUGGUUGCCAUCUGAAAAUAAUUUAAACAGCAGCUAUUCCCACCUUUUGGUCAUGAUCAUCAACAGCCCAACACCCACUUCCAGUUUUUAAUAGCUUCACAUCAACAUUAACAUCAACAUCAACAUGUCUGGAUACUACCACAUGCCACUCCAGGGCCAGCAUGACCAGCAACAUGCUGAGCCGUCUGCCUUUCGACCUUCCCGAGCAGAGGACUGGGAACCAUACCGAGACAUCAUUGCACAUCUCUACAACACGAUGAAGCUCAAGGAUGUCAUGACCGAGAUGCAAAUGACAUACAACUUCAAAGCAACUGAGAAGCAGUACAAGACUCAGUUGAAGAAGUGGAACCUUGAUACCAAGUACAUCAAGGCAUCCGAGUACAUGGCCAUGCUUCAGAUCAUGCGUGAGCGGGAAGCCCAGGACCCAUCCAAGCAGACACGCUUCAUUCUUCGCGGGAGACCAGUAGAUCCCAAGGAUAUUGCUCGGUUUGAGAAGCGGCAUCAGAAGAAAGGGACACUGAAGGAAGGGGAGCUGGCAGAGCUUCAGGAACCUGUCGAGGACCUCAUCUAUCACACUCCUUCUCCUGAGCCAACAGGAUAUGCAUACACUGCAACCUCCGACUACGGGUCAACCUCUUCGUAUGCAACCACUUCCGCAUACGACACUUCCUCGCAAUACGCCUAUAGCUACGGCAUGUGACCCGAGCAAUGCAUCUACGACCACGCAAGGUGGCUUUCUACCCGAAUUUUUUGACGACGAGGUGCAAUCGGCAGAUGGGGGCGCAUCGUCGAAUUCCUUUUUUCAGCACUAGUUCUUCCUUACACUUAAUGCACGCAUAUGGGACAACGGUAGGACAUGAUUUGGAGGCAUCUCAUCUUUCAUUUGGUGGACUGGAGGAGUAAUUGGAUACCCAUGGAUUUGAUUGGUUUGGACUUACACGGGCGUUUUUUGCUUGCAACGGAUAGACACAUAUAGACGUGACAGUGGUGCAUCGACUAUGAUUACUCAUCAUGCAUCAUCGAAUCUUGUAUCACCAUCUUGA